AUGGCGCUGCUGGUGCGGGACCCCUCGGCCUCGCGGGCGCGGCCGUGGCCGCUGCCCCCCGGCGGCGGUUCGGUGCGCCGCCUCCUCCGCGAUCGCGCUCGGGCGCUGGCCUCGGGAGGCGGGUGGGCGCGGGCGCUGGGCUGCCGGGGCCGGCUAGCAGGCCGCGCCUCUGCCUCUGCCUCCGCCAAUAUUCCUGAAGAAAGCUUGUACGUGAAAUGUAACGGACGACUGGUUAACCAUGAAGAUGUGUUGCAGAAUGGAGCCGUUUAUAGUCUGGAACCAAGACUUUGUGGUGGAAAAGGAGGGUUUGGAUCUAUGCUGCGAGCACUUGGUGCUCAGAUUGAAAAGACAACAAAUAGAGAGGCUUGCCGAGAUCUCAGUGGAAGGAGACUUCGAGACGUCAAUCACGAAAAAGCGAUGGCUGAAUGGGUGAAGCAGCAAGCAGAACGGGAAGCGGAAAAAGAGCAAAGGCGCUUGGAAAGGCUGCAGCGGAAACUUGCGGAGCCAAAGCACUUUUUCACAAAUCCGGACUACCAGCAGCAGUGUCAUGAAAUGGCUGAGCGACUAGAAGAUUCAGUCCUUAAAGGAUUGCAGGCUACUUCAAGCAAAAUAGUGUCACCAGAAAGUGGCAACAGUCGGAAACGUUCAGGUGAAUCUGGAAAGAAUGGAACAAAAUCUCGAAAAAGAAAAUGCUUUUGGCUGGGAUUGGAAGGAUUGGAUGAUCAUGACAGUUCGGAUUGUGAGGAUGACAGUGAAGAUGACUCCCCUCAUGCAUCUGACGGAAGUUGUCCCUCAGGCAGCAGAUACAAUGAAAAUACUGGAAAUUCAAAUGAAUGUUCAAGCAGCUCUGCGGAUUCGGUAGAGGAUAGUCCCACUACCAGUACAACUGUGCAGCCCAAAGGUACUGGAAGAGAUUUGCAAGGAGAGACACACGCAGGUGGGCAAAUGGAAAUUGCAGCUGAUGAAAACAGUAAAAUGACAAAGCCCCUGAAGGAAGAGGCCCAAGAAGAGAAAGAGGUAACCCAAGCCCUGAAAGAAGAGAAGCAAGAAAAUGUUUCUUCUAAGGAACCCGAACCGAACCAGUUACAGAGCACAGAGGUGGAACCGAUAGACCUGCUGGCAUUCAACUCUGCUGCGGAACUGGAAGCCCUGGGUUUAGAUAAACUGAAGGUGGAACUGAUGUCUUUAGGACUGAAAUGUGGAGGCACUUUAAAGGAAAGAGCGGCAAGGCUUUUUUCAGUGAGAGGUCUGUCUAGAGACCAGAUUGAUCCUGCCUUAUUUGCAAAGCCCUCUAAAGGGAAGAAAAAGUGAUUUUUAAAAAAAAUUAUUUUGUAUCUGUGUGCUUUUAAAUUUUUCUUAUUCUGUUGUCAUUCGGUACUGCCGCUUUGGCAUCCCUGGAUAGUUUUUGUUUCUAUUCUUAAUGAAGUUCGAUUAACGUAACACAGAGUAAGUUGCUAGAUAGCGAGUUAGUUAUGCGUUCAGUACGUUCAAUAUUAAAGGAGUGAAACUACUAUCUUUUGAUAAGCCUUACAAGUGGUUAUAACAAGUCUUAAUGCAACAGGUAAAACAAACUCUCUGUAUAUGGAAAGAAAGAACCUGAAUGCUUUCUGGAAAAUGGUUGUAUGACACUGUCAUCACCUAUUUUAAGAAGAAUCGCAAUCCUUUCUUAGCUUUAUAUUGAAUCUCCUUUAAUGUGUAUUCCAGGUAGCACAGUUACAACUGUCAGAUGAGAAACAUUGAACUUAUGAUCCAGGCUUAAAAGCUGAAGUUUCUUUAAAUAAAAAGAAUAUUUUUAUA